GAUGACGUCAAGUACAAGAUGGAUGGAAUCAUGACUGCCACACGCUUAACGGAAUUCUAAAAUAGUCUUUUUUAGGUGCUCCGCGGGAACUAAAGUAAAUCAGAAGGCCAGGAUGGAGAGCCUGGUGCACUACAUAAACCCGGCACAUGCCAUCUCCCUGCUGGGCGUGCUCAACGAGCAGCGUCUGAAAGGUCAGCUCUGCGAUGUCGUCUUGGUCGUCGGCGACCAGAAGUACCAGGCUCACAAGAGCAUUCUGGCCGCCAGCAGCGAGUAUUUCCACUCCCUCUUCGCCAGGAGGGAGUCCGGAGCCCAGGCCGCCGUUCAGCUGGACUUCUGCGAGCCGGACGCCUUCGAGAACGUGCUGAACUACAUCUACUCCUCGUCGCUGUUCGUGGACAAGGGCAGCCUGGCGGCCAUUCAGGAGCUGGGAUACAGCCUGGGCAUCCCGUUUCUGACGAACAUCAUGUCGACCAGGCCUCAGGUCUCGUACAGCGUCUCCAGGAAGAGGAUGUCCUUUUCGGAGGAGGACGACAACGGUUGCCAGCAGAGGAGCGUCAUCGUCCGUCAGAGUCGGGGCGACCUGCCGAGCGCCAGUUCCUCUCAUCACAAAGGCCUGAAUCCACAAGGGAACACGACAUCGAAACAGGCAGAAACCCCCACGGAGUCCAAACACAUUACGUCUUCUAAGGCUGUGGGCAAGCCCUCCCAGCCCACAGGACAAGGCGAGGCCAGUCAGACCUCAAGGAAAACGACCCCCGUCCCCAGGAAGACAGCGGAGCCCACCGCCAAUCCUGAAGACAAGUCUCAUCCGUCGGUCUCUCUCCUGAGGGAGAGGACGGCGCUCAUGACCUGCACUCGGCCGCAGCUGACCUCCUCGGUUUCCUUCAGCGAAUCUCAGAUACGGCACAGCGGCUUGCAGCCCGACGCCAUCGGCAUUCGAGACGACCCGCCUCCACCCUCGUACGAUCCCAAGAAGGUUUCCCCGGGUCAGGCCAGCGAGUCCAGUCAGGCUAUUGACCGCAGUGGCCCCCUCAUAAAGAGCCUUUUGCGCAGGUCUCUAUCUAUGGACAGCCCCGUCCCGGUCUUCUCCCCGGCCCUGGAGCUCAAGACCCCACAGAGUCGGGAGCAGUCUGUGGUCAAGAUGGCCGCCAGGAAUCUGGCUGACGCGGAGCCAGCGGACCAGAAGCCUCCCAAGCUCAGCGCGGUCCCGCCGUUGAUUCUGAAGUCCAGGCACUGCAACCGAUACGAGGAGGAGGACGCGCAUGCGGCCGAGGUCCACGUGAAGACGGAACCCAGCAGCCCCCUCGCCGAUCCGUCUGACAUCAUACGCAUCACCGUCGGCGACAACCUGCCCGUGAACUUCAGGGACUUUCACAUCAACUUUGACGAGGGGCCGAGAGCGUUUUUCAAACAUUCGGGAAAGAGGAAGGCGAGGCUUGACAGCCGGAGGAACCCAAUGAAGAAGGCUAGGGGUGCGAACGAAAUGGACGAAGUCGCAACGGAGGACAGCAGGCUGACCGCCGCUCCUCACGGUUUCGACAAGGAGGACAACAACGAACCGGGAGAAUCCAGACAGAGCAGAAUGUUCAAGUGCUGGAAUUGCCUGAAGGUUUUCCGGUCUAACGCGGGACUUUACCGCCACGUGAACAUGUACCACAACCCGGAAAAGCUCUACUCCUGCGACAUCUGCCACAAGCGGUUCCACACCAACUUCAAGGUGUGGACGCACUGCCAGACUCAGCACGGGGUGGUGCAGAACCCGGCUCCGUCCUCCAGCUCCUACACUGUCCUUGACGAGAAGUUUCAGCGGAAACUGAUCGACAUCGUGCGCGAAAGAGAAAUAAAAAAGGCCCUGAUCAUGAAGCUCAGGCGAAACAAGCAGGGAGGUCUACAGUCGCAGCCUUUCGGGAAAAGGAGUCUGAGGAGGUCCAGGAGCUACAUGUGUCCUUACUGCGGGAAGCUGUUCUGGUUCCAGUCUCAGUAUAGGCAGCAUCUAAAAAUGCACAACGGGGAGAAGUCCGACCAGGAGGCACAGAGAGAGGACGAACUCCUCCAAGCUCAUGACCAGGCGGUCCAUUUGAAAGAAAACAAAGGCAAAGACGUCUACCCCUGCCGGCUUUGCAACGAGAAACUGAGCUCGCUGCUGGAGCAGGGGAACCACGAGAGGGGCUGCAGACACGCGACCGUGUGCCCGUACUGCGGCCUCCGGUUCUCCAGCCCAGCGGUCAAGAAGGAGCACGAGACCCACUGCGAGUACAAGAAGCUGACCUGCCUGGAGUGCAUGCGCACCUUCAAGUCCUCCUUCAGCAUAUGGCGCCACCAGGUGGAGGUGCACAAUCAGAACAUGAUGACCGUGGAGGAGCAGAUGACCCUCGGCCUCCAGGAGAACAACGGGGAGGUGUCCGACCACCUCCAGCCCCUCGGGCCUGGCCCGCAACCUGCCGGCACGGCGAGACCCAAAGACGAGGUGGUCUACAGCGACUCCUCCGGGCCGGUGAUGUUUGACUCGGAGGACUCGUCCUUCAUGGCGGAGGACCUGAGCACCUCCCACCACCAGGGGGAGCUGAAGGUGAAGGAGGAGCCGCUGGAGGAGGCGGUGGACAGCCGGGAGGAGCAGGGCGGGCCAUCGUCGGCGGAGACGGGGCCCGAGGAGCCCGGCGUGUGGCCGUGCGAGAAGUGCGGCAAGCUCUUCAGCGCUCACAAGCAGCUGGAGCGCCACCAGGAGCUGCUCUGCCACAUCAAGCCCUUCAUCUGCCACAUCUGCAACAAGGCCUUCAGGACCAACUUCCGCCUCUGGAGCCACUUCCAGUCCCACAUGGCCGCUCAGGAGGAGCCGCCCGGGUCCCGAGAGGGCGACCGGCGGCCCUCGUCCCCAUCGCCCUCCCCGCCCCCGGCUGCCUCCGCUCCCUGGCCGUCCGCCCCGCCUCGGGAACUCUCCCCCACAUCCGGCCCGCCGGGACCGCCAGAGGCGGCGGGGGAGCCGGUUACCAAAUUCCCGAAUCCGGAGCAGGAGAAGCCGGAGGGGGGCCUGCCGAAGGCGGCCGAUGCCGCGGACAAGCCUCUCACGCCUCAGGAAUCGGACACUCUGUUUUACCACGCGCCUACGCUCUCGGCCCUGACGUUUAAGAGGCAGUACAUGUGCAAGCUCUGCCACAGGACCUUCAAGACUGCCUUCAGUCUUUGGAGCCACGAGAGGAGCCAUGAACAGAGCAACACAAACCCAUAGCGCAGUGCGUCAUUUGAAGUGGUCAAAUAUUAUCUUCAAAAAAUAGUCGUAAGAAAUCUGAUCUAACAAUUCCCGAGUAUUCUUGCUGGCAAAAUCAUCAGAAAUUCUACUUUUCAAGACGGUUUGUUUUGUUUUUUUUGUUAAUUGAUUUCUAUAAAUAUCCAUCUGUCUAAACCAGAGUACAUGUAUCCAUUUAAAAAGAAUCUAUAUAUUUUAUAUCCUGCCUUUUCUUUCCUUCACGGAUAGUGCAAGUGAUUUGUAACUUUUUUCAAAUUGACUGAACUGUUUCAUUCUUUCACUUUUUUGCCAAACAUGAUGGUUUUCAUUCAUUUCUAUUGGAAAAAUAAGUUUAAUUCAUAAAAAGAAUUUUAUAAAACAUUGCAGCAUGGUUGUGUAAAUAACACUGUGGCAAUGUUUUCAUAAUUUUUUUAUUCAUCACUUCUACCCAAACCACAACUUCUUACCAACAUUAUAUGUGCGUGGACAUCACAUGUAUACAUGCAAUUUAAAGUUAUUGUUCCCAGACAAAGUAACAAUGGCUUAAUUUCACAAUGUUUACAUUCUGAAAUAUUUAAAAAAUGCUACUUGGCUGGCUGGUCUCGCUUACCCGAGGGAUAAGCACUCGACUUCCUGAAUUCAUUAGAAACGCCACUAUGCAUGUGAGCCUGAAGUUACAUUUUUUGUUUUUAAGUUUGACCAGAAUACAGGACAGGAUGCAGUGUUGAAGGGGCUAGCAGAUGUUUUGUUUUCUAAAUAAACAUACAGUCAUUUGUAAUCUCAACAUUCCCAAAAACAGAAUUUUCUGGUAAAAUCAAAGGUGGAUGGGUUACAGAUGGGCUGACAAAAUAUGGUCGGCUUGCCGUCAAGGCCUUAUUGUUAGCAGUGUGAAUAUAUUUAGAUAUAUAGUCUUAUGUAAAAGUGUUUGGGCGUAUGAAUGUAUAUACUUUUGCUAUUUUGUUUUUAAAGUUUUUGCUUCUCUUCACUCUAGUUUCUUGCUUUUUGCCUCAGAAACAUGGGAAUUAAGCACCUCAGACAUGAGUGCAUCUCUUUGUACAACUUUAAAAACAUUUUUGAAAGUGCUUUAUUAAGUAAGAAAUGUACAGUUUUGGGUAAAUUAAGUGCUCUUGCAAAAGACUAGUAAUUGUGGUGUGGUGGGUGAUAUAAAAUGGUUACCUCUGUUAUCUCUGCCUUUCUGUAGCUGUCUGAGACAGCACUAUUCAUAGACAGCGUGGCGCACGUAAGCAAACUCUCCGAUUCAUUGGUUGUUGUGUACUCUGUUAGACUUUAAUAUUUCUGAAAUUCAAGACUGUUUUGUAGAACAUUACUCCAUUUCUUUCUUCUUUUUUCUUUCUUCUUUUUUUUUUACCAGGCCUAACAACGGUUGCCUUGCUCAUGUUUAUUUUGUCUGCAUUGUGGGGACGUAGUAUAGUCUAGGUAAAUGGCUAUAAGUAUGUUGUAUUGCAAUGGUUAAAUUAACAGUUUUGUGUUUUUUUCGUGUUGGGAACAUGAUGUACUUUGAUUAACUUUCGCUUCAAAUUGUUUGCUGUAAAGAACAGGAGGUCAGAUUUUACAAUUACCAACAGGCUGUAAAUAUGUAUUUCACCCCAGUAUUUUUAUUUUACUCAAAGAUGAAUGGGGGUAUUUGCUUGCUGAUGGAGAUUAUUGAUGGGUUAUUCUGGUGUCUUCAAGUCUGACAUCAGUAUAAACCAGCUGGAAUCCUUGUGAUUGGAAAUAGUUGCCAUCACUUUCACAAUAUACGUAAUAGCCUAUGUCCUCUGGCAGAUAAGAUCCUAUCACUUCCAUCAUUAAAUCUUACCCCUGCGACCAAUCAACAGCUUGAGAUCCACACAUUUCUUCAGGGAGAUGGGGACAAUGAGCUAAUUGGCAAGUGAACUGUUUUUCUUUAUGUGGUGCCUGGCAAGAAAAGGUCAUGACAAGAAUGCAGAAAUUCCACUUAUGCAUAUAAAAUUUAGGCCUGAAACAAAUUGAAUUGAAUUGUAUUACAGUUCUUCUUUGUACUGCAGCCCUGAAAUAACUGUUAUGUAUGGGGAAGACAAUAAUUUAUUAUUGUUAUGGAUUAUUUGCCUUGGAUAUUAGUGCGGGGCACAUUAAUCUGGUGCCUUUCAACUAUGUAACCUAUCCCCAAUUCCAUUGAUAUAUGGACAUUUAGUUAUCCAUAAAUUGGCAGGAGAAAUGUGGGCGCUCACUCACUGUUUAGAGUUUAUUUUUCUCUCGACUCGUGCUCUAACACAUCAAAGCUCAGGAACUAGAUUGCGUAUAUGUGGCCAAAGGAGGGAUGGCAGUAUAUAUUUCAUAUUUUUAAUUUCAAAUAUUAAAUCUGGUAGCCAAAUCUAAUGCUUGCUACUUAGGGCCGAUUUGAAUUCCAAAGACUCUCAAGCUAAUUUGCUCAAUUCUUGAUUUUUCUUUUUGUUUAAAUACGCCGGGCAACUUUAUUUUAAGUUAGUUCAAAAUUUACCACAGCUCUAAUGUGCAGCUUCAAGAACCUUUUAAGCUUUUGAUAAUAUUGAUGAUAACAUGAAACCACAUUUUCCCACUUAGUCUUAGAUAUUCGCUUUUCACCAGUCAGUUUCAGUUUGCUCAUUGUGGUCUUUACAACUCAAAUAUAGUAUAUGUGGAUCUGUGACUCCCUAAAUGAAUUGUACAAGAUGGACAAAGAUUUAACAUAUUGCUAAACAAUUUUUUCUAUUGUUUCAGAUGAAGCCAGUGUCACUUUAAACAUUGCGUUUGUAUACAUAGGUCGCCUUGCUUAUUCGUUAUAAAAAUCAAACUGUAUUCAUGGCUGUACAAGUUGAAAAACACCUAUGUACAAUGUGGGGGAAAGAUUUUUUUUUUUCGCUCUGUAUGUGGUGCAUGGUAGAAGUUUAUUGUUUCAAGUAAUUACUACAAAUGUUUUGCACACAGAAUACUUAUCUCCAUUUUAAUAUAGCACACAACUAAAGGGUGCUGUAUCAGUACUUCAGUGCGUAAGUACUUAGUAAGAGGGAGCUGCGUUAGUACACUGCAUGCCAUAUGCCUAAAACCCUCAGGAACAAGUGAAUGACACUUUUUACCAGAUUGAGAUUAUUAACGGUACCCAGUAUGGACCCUAAAACCAGACUAACAGCAUAUCAAUGGCAUGUCAUUUUCCCCACUCUGGACCACAUGUGUUGUUUUAUUUUUAAACUCACAGAAAUGGGCAAAAGGACUAAGGCUAAACAGUAUUAAACAAGUCCGUUGAGUUUUUUUUUUUUUUUAUUGCGACGAUGUUAAUAACAUGCCACACCCUUAGAUACCGCCCAAGUUAAAAUACACUUUGCUUUGGUUUGUAAACUUGUAGGAUACAAACAUGGUCUUCAUGAAAACCCCAGAUUUGCAGUGCUGUAUAAUCCAAGAUAACAUUAAAAAGGACCAUGCUAUCCGUAAUAAAUCGUAUAAAUGGAAAUGUCAGAUUUCCUUUCUCACAUCUCACAGUAAAUAUUACAUUACUUCAUUCAAUUAAGAUAUUUGUGAUUGAAGAUAAGUAUGUAUAUAAAAUUCUUUCUCAUUCUUUGACCUGUUUCUCGAAUAUUCUGAAAGAUUGUAAGACAUUGAAUGCAUAGAAUGAACACAUUUAAUAUGAUGUAUGCAGCAGCAUUUGUAAAAAAUCUUUGUUCAGUUUUUUAACUGUAAUCUCCCUGUUUUUGAAGAUUAUAUCUUUUUGGUAUUACUGUGGUAUCACUGCAAUAACUUUAAUAUUUGUAAUAAUAUGGAUUGCAAAAUUGUGGCUUCAAACUGCAUCAGUUUUGUGUUAGUGCUUUUUUCUACUGUUCUUGGUUUCUUAGUUACUAAAAUAAAGUGAGCCACUGCAGUGGCAGUUUUGACAUUC